CGCCCCCCCCCUCCCGCCGGGACUCCGCCCGCGCGUGCGCCGUUCGGAGUUUUCGCGCCACUGGAGCCUAAGAGGAGGGGACCGGAAGUGGCUCUGGGCGGAUGAGGAAAGCUGGUAGCCGUGCGGUCCUCGGCAACUGCGGGACGCGGCGGGGGGGCAGGGCGGGCGAUUUCCCUGGGUGAGAGGGGGAGAAAGCGCGAAGCCCCCCCAAACUACAGUUCCACGCAUGCGUACUGCAGACGGCCGGGAGCCAGGAAAGCGAAGAGUGCGGCAGCGUUUGCGGAAAGGGGACUGUCACUUCCUGGAAGAGGCGGGGCCGCGUGGGAGAAGGCGCCGAAUUCAGUGCUUCCAGGAGCUUUCCGGGUCUGGGUGCUAAGCCCUAAACGUUAAUCUUUGCUGGGGAAAGGAAAGAGCAAGUUUUUCCUUUUCUUUCUUUCUUUUUAUUUUUAAGAAGAGAAAGUUUAGAAGUUUGGAGGCAGCAAUAAUUAAGAUUCAGGCCAAACUGGCAAUUGACGGAAGGGCGUCUUUCAAAACCCAGGAGAAAGGGUUGUCCGGGUAGCAGAUAAUCACCAGGAUGGGAGUGAAUGACUUGUGGCAAGUUUUGGAGCCAGUUAAACAACACAUCCACUUGAACAGUCUUGCUGGGAAAACCAUUGCGGUUGAUCUGAGUCUCUGGGUAUGUGAGGCACAGACAGUCAAAAAAAUGAUUGGAACAGUCAUGAAGCCCCACCUCAGGAACUUAUUUUUUCGUGUCUCAUGUUUAACACUAAUGGAUGUGAAACUGGUGUUUGUCAUGGAAGGGGAACCCCCAAAGCUGAAAGCUGAUGUCAUAAAUAAGAGGAAUCAGAUUCGGUAUGGGCCUUCUGGAAAAACAUGGUCUCAAAAAACAGGAAGAUCACAUUUUAAAUCAGUCUUAAAGGAGUGUCUUGAUAUGCUGGAAUGCCUAGGAAUUCCCUGGGUCCAAGCUGCUGGGGAAGCUGAAGCUAUGUGUGCUUACCUCAAUGCCAAUGGUUAUGUAGAUGGCUGCCUCACCAAUGAUGGAGAUGCUUUCCUUUAUGGGGCCCAGACUGUUUAUAGGAAUUUCACUAUGAAUACCAAGGACCCACACGUUGACUGUUAUACAAUGUCUUCUAUCAAGAAUAUACUAGGUUUGGAUAGAGAUUCUCUGGUUGGCCUAGCAAUACUACUGGGCUGUGAUUAUCUUCCGAAGGGAGUCCCUGGAGUUGGAAAAGAGCAAGCUUUAAAACUUAUAAAUACUUUGAAGGGGCAAAGUUUACUUCAGAGGUUUAAUCAGUGGAUUGAGGAAUCUUGUUCUUCCAAUUCACAACCAUUAGUCGUUAACAAAUUGGCUCAUUGCUCUGUGUGCUCCCAUCCAGGUUCACCUAGGGAUCAUGAACGUAAUGGAUGUAAAUUAUGUAAGACUGAUCGAUUCUGUGAACCGCAUGAUUAUGAAUAUUCCUGUCCCUGCGAGUGGCACCAAACAGAAUGUGGCAGGCAACUAAAUGCAGUAGAGAACAGUAUUAAGAAAAAAGCUUGCAGUUGUGAGGGAUUCCCAUUCCAUGAGGUUAUCCAAGAAUUCCUCUUGAGCAAGGAUAAAUUGGUGAAGGAAAUCAGGUACCAAAGACCUGAUUUAUUAUUGUUUCAGAGAUUUACUCUUGAAAAAAUGGAGUGGCCCAAUCACAAUGCAUGUGAGAAAUUGUUGGUGUUAUUGACCCACUAUGACAUGACAGAAAGGAAGCUUGGUAGAAGGAACUCUAAUCAACUACAGCCAAUUAGAAUUGUUAAAACCCGAAUCAGAAAUGGAGUUCGUUGCUUUGAAAUAGAAUGGGAAAAGCCUGAACAUUAUACUACGGAAGAUGAAUAUGGAGAACUGGUUCUACAGACAAUAGAAGAAGAAUCACUGUUUGAAGCAGCUUAUCCUGAGAUUGUUGCUAUUUACCAAAAACAAAAAUCAGAAAUUAAAGGCAAGAAACAAAAAAGCAUGAAAGUUAAGUCUAAACGGAACAGUUUGCCAGAAUCAGAUGAUAUUAUGAGCUUUCAGUCACACAUGACUUUAAAACCCACAUGUGAAAACUUUUCUAAGCAGGAUUCCAAAUUAGAUUUGGAAACAUCCCCUGAUUCCGCAUUACCCCAGAAAUCUAUUUCUGCAUCAUUGAAUGCUUUGCUUUUACCUGAAGAUGCCCGCUGUUUGAAUACACAAGAACAGUUAAUAUCUUCUCCAAGACCUUUGGCUAGGCAGCAGAUUAAAGCUGUCAGUAAGUCUCUAAUUGCAGAAUCUAGUCAACCAAGUACCUCAACCCAUAAUACAUCCGCAAUUGCUGAUCUGCACUUGAGCACCAUUGACUGGGAAGGUACUUCUUUUAGUAAUUCUCCAGCUGUCUCAAGGAGCGCUCUCUCUCAUGGUUUGAAAUCGGAACCUGAAACAGCUAUCCCGGAUAGCUUUAAAAAUAUCCCAGAGCAAUUGUCGUAUGAAUCAGAAUGGUGCACCACAAACAUUAAUAAACUAUUGGAUCAGGAUCUUCAAAAGACUGUUCCUGAAGAGCACCUGCUUUCUGGCAUUACUGAUUUACAUCUUCAGGAUUUGCCUUUAAAGGAACGAAUACAUAUGAAAUCAUCAUAUCCACAGAAUAUUGAACAGCCAGAUGUUGACAAGAAAACUUUGUCCCUACUUACUGUAAAAGAACACUGUAUUGCUGAUAGUAGUUCUAAGUGCCCAUCACAUCUUUCAAAGGAUCUUCUAGGAAUUUGUUUGCAAAGUGAAACUAGAAACUGGAAAGUUCUCAAAGGAGACCAGCUGUUUCAAGAAAACUCUAAAGCAAAUACUUCUACACUUUAUUCUGUCAGUAAUCCAAUAGUAAAGUCCUCCAGUGUUAGGACAGGAGCACCCAAUACUGCUUCAGAUCAUAAUAGAAAAGCUAAUAUGCAAACUGCUCAGAAAAUUGUAAUGAAGAAGAGUGUUUGCCUUGACAGGCCGUCCUCUGAUGAAGAAAGUGUCCCAGUGGUUGGGAAUGCUAAGUCCACAACUCAAAAAAUAAAGCAGAGUUCUCAGAAGCAUAGCCCAGCCCAAUUCAAGAAAAAUGACACCAACAAAUCAAGUAACCCUAAGACACGUAUUAAAGAGACUGAACAGGGUAUUCAGGCUUAUAAAACACCUGGAAAUGAAGAAAACUGUUGCUCAUCAAAAGGUUCUCUGAGUCUUCUACAAUGUCAAAAGGAAAAAGAAGACCCUGCUACUUAUUUGGAUAGUCCUCUUCCCUUAAGUCAGAGAUUAAAACUAAGGUUCCAAAACACAAAUUUAAAAUAGGUAUGACUUAGUAUUCUAGUACUGUCAGCGUUAGCAGAAGUGGAGGGAAGGUAUAUAGCUAAUGUAUAGUAGAAAAAUUUAAUAUGGUUGUGUACGUUGUGAAACACUUGCCAUUUUAAUUAAAAAAAUUACCUAAACCUUUGGUUUUAAAAGACAGUCUUCUCUAGUAAAAACUUCAGAUAGUGUAUAUUUUUAUAUCAUACUUUUGCCAUUUUAAAAAACAUCUCUAUUGAUUAUGCUUUAGUUAUAGCCUUAAGAUGUAAGUAGUAGUAGACAAAGUAAAUGCUCUGUCCAUUUGCUCGUUUUUAGUCAUUUCUUCUAAGUGAUUCUCUAAAGCAUUUUUGAUAUUCCAGCUUGUCCCCAAGAGGAUAACUGUAAUUGCCUACAUUUUCACAAUGUCUUCUGUUGUGCCUUUCUGAGAGUUACAUUUUCUCUCAAUGUGCAGAUACUUUUAGUUGCUCUUCCAGUUUCAGUAAUCUUACUCUCUUUUGUGAGGGACAAAGAAAAAAGAUCAAAAUAUGUAGUAAAAAUCAUGGUUAUAGUAGUUGAAUAAUUAGGAAAGCUACUUACAUAUCCCCAGAAGUUCACAGGUAUGCCAAGUAGAAAAAGAUUUGGAAGAUAGACUGUAUAACCCAAAGAGGAUUAGAAACUUGCUGAAUAUGACACAGCUAAUUAAUAGUAGUACGGAAACCAGAUUUGCCUCUCAAUUCAUCGGUUUUUCUGUUUUCUUUUUCUUCUGUAGCACUUUUUUUUUUCUCUCCCUUUUGUUUUAAAAAUGAAUCUAUAUAAUAUUGACUUUAAUACUUCUAAAUACUGUUUUACAUUAAUUUAUUUAGCAUUCAAAAAGUCUUAGAACCAGAUUGGAAAGGAAAAAGUAAAACUGUUACUACUUGGGAGUUCCCAUUGUGGCUCAGCAGGUUAAGAACCUG